GGGACGGCGACUCGGCCGUGAUGUUUGCUCCGAACGGGGCAUCUCGAUCCGAAAUCACCGGCGAACUACUCGACGUAGCUGAUGCCUCCUUACGCAGUCAGCAACCGUGUGAGGAGGAGCGUCAUGUGGGAGGCACUGCUGAGCCUGCAUCUCCUCAACCGCUGCAAGAACAGGGGUCGUCCUGCACUGCCACUUCCUCGCUCUCCCUGCAUCCGGAGGCAGUUGCUCAUGACACCACUGACGUCUCGCCAACAUCAAGGCACUCUUCUACUGGGUCAACCUUCUGGGCCUGGCUAAGACAAGAUUGGGGCUUGAAAUUUUUCAUCAGGGUUGAUACCGAGGGAUCUUUCCAUACGUACCCCCCUGUGGGUGGGCCAUUUCAGAGCUUGCAGGAAGCUGAGGAUGCUAUCGAUCGCCAUCUUCAUAGCCGCCGGGUUCAAAAAAUGUGCAUGGAACAAGCUGGGGUUUCUCGAGUGGAGAUGGCUAUACGAACAUGUCUUUACUGGCCUGAUGGCACUAGGAAGAAGUGUUCCCAAUCGCAAGCAAUUGAGAGGUGCCAUGAGGAAAGGCGACUAUUUGCUCAAGUUUUAGUGGACAAUUAUAAUAAGGAUCACAAUCUUGGGGAUAAUGCGUAUGAACUAAAAGAUAUUGUGCAUUACAAAUUAAUUGUUGAGAACUACCAAAGGUUGUACUAUCAUUUCAAUUUCAUUGCGAAGACUAGAGGAGCUGAAGAUUGUGGCGUGGACAAUCUAUUCUUUGCUGAGGUCAUGAGCAUGCGACAAGGAGAACAUGAAGAUUUAGUGGUUAGCUGUUUCUGCAUGGUUACGUCCAGCGAUAAUGGUCACUGCUAUGGUUGCUUGAGUGAUGGCGUUGUUGAUAUGAAGCACCCCAACGAAGCUAGUGCGUUCAUUGGUGGUCACUUGGAUACUCAUAUGCCAUUGACGCGUAGUUUCAGAGAGUGGAGCGACGAAGAUGAAGAAGUUGAAGAGGCUAGGAUAAGACAUAUGUACAAGGGCCAAGAAAAACCAGGUUUUGUGAAGAAACUAUUGAGCAAGCUCCCUCCAGAUGUGAGACGAAGAUGCAUGAAAAAAAAGCUUAAGAGCAGUGAAAUGAAGGUGCCAGAAGAGUAAAAGAACAAUGAGGGUAGAGUGAUGGAAUGAAACCCCUUGCACUUUCUUUUGACGGCCCAGUCAUUGCAAGAAAUCGUUUGGUUUGGGGAUGAUGGGAGAUUGGCAGUCGUGAGGAUGAAGAUGAGGAUGAGGCGGAGACGGAGGCGGGGUUGAAGAUCCAUAGAUCAGGCCUCCCAUCUACAACCAAGUUGGCGAUACAUUUGUUUUACAUGCCAUCGACUAUGCGGCUGGGAUGGAAAUCAGGACUGCACUGGCGAGGAGGGUGCCUGGAGCCACGACCGGCAUCACCUAAAACGUCCCCUCCUGCGUGACCAACUACGGCAGGGAGAUUGGAUGAAUCUGGGCGA